AUGGCUCGUCAAGCCGCCGCUAAACUACUCGAUUCGAUCGCUUCACGCAAGCCUUCCUCCACCACUUCUCUCUUCAACUUCUCCCCGUCCUCGGCUGCUCAGACUCGCCAUUAUGCGGCAGCUCCACCACCACCUCCCGCGGUUUUCGUCGACAAAAACACUCGCGUGAUCUGCCAAGGCAUCACUGGAAAAAACGGCACUUUCCACACCGAACAAGCCAUCGAAUACGGCACUAAAAUGGUAGGAGGUGUAACGCCGAAGAAGGGAGGGACGGAGCACUUAGGGCUUCCAGUUUUCAACACAGUGGCAGAAGCAAAGGCCGCAACUAAGGCUAAUGCUUCGGUUAUUUAUGUUCCUCCACCAUUUGCUGCAGCCGCAAUUUUGGAGGCAAUGUUAGCUGAGUUGGAUCUUGUUGUUUGCAUUACUGAAGGAAUUCCUCAGCAUGAUAUGGUACGUGUGAAGGCUGCUCUAAGGCAAAGUAAAACUCGGUUGAUUGGGCCAAAUUGCCCUGGAAUUAUUAAACCAGGAGAAUGUAAAAUAGGUAUAAUGCCUGGUUACAUCCAUAAACCUGGUCGUGUUGGAAUAGUUUCUCGAUCUGGUACUUUGACCUAUGAAGCGGUUUUCCAAACAACUGCUGUUGGCCUUGGACAAUCCACUUGUGUUGGUAUAGGAGGAGAUCCUUUCAAUGGAACAGACUUUGUUGAUUGUAUCGAGAAGUUCCUUGUAGAUCCUCAAACAGAAGGCAUCGUUCUUAUAGGAGAGAUAGGUGGAACUGCAGAAGAGGAUGCUGCUGCAUUAAUAAAGGUUUUCAGAUUACGUGUUUUCAGUAUGUCUAUUGUCCUUUAUGCACUUUUUGUGGAUGCCCUGAACUCAGAUUCUUAUGGUUACAUAGACUCAAGUCUUCUGGAAAGUGGAACUGAGAAGCCUGUUGUGGCUUUCAUUGCUGGACUAACUGCGCCACCAGGUCGUCGUAUGGGACAUGCUGGAGCUAUUGUUGCAGGUGGAAAAGGUACUGCACAAGACAAAAUCAAGACCCUAAGGGAAGCUGGAGUUACUGUGGUAGAGUCUCCUGCAAAAAUUGGUGUUACCAUGCUUGAUGUUUUUAAGCAGAGGGGUCUCGCAAUUUAA